GCCUCGACGUCAGAGACGCGACGUACCCCUUUGCGUGCCCCGUGCGUGCGUCGGCCUCCGCCGCCGUCACCGUCGGGCGUGUCCCAGGAUGCACCGCGAGUGACUGGCUCCUGCCCACAGUUGAGCUCGGCGGCGGCCUCCUCCUCCGCGGACCCUCGAGCGAAACCGGAGACGAGCCCCGGUCGGGGGAGCGCAGGCCGGCGGGAGGCGGCGGCAGAGACUAGGCCCAGCCGGGCCGGGCUCACGUAGGCCGCUCCUCACACAGCCGGAGGACGGGGCGCCGCUGGGGCGGAGGGGAACAUGCGGCUCCGGCUGCCCCGCGGCGCGGCCGGCGAGUGAGUUGAGGGAGAAGGAGGAAAGCCGGGCAGGAAGCGAGGAGGGGGGGAGGAGGGCGGCGGCGGCGGCGGGGGGCGUUCCUCCUCCUCCCGCCGCCAUCAUCAUCAUCAUCGCCGCCGCCGCCUCAGGACCCGCCCCAGGAUCGCCGCCUCCCCCUGCCCCUCCCCCCCAGGGAGGCAAUGACAGCGGCUCCGGGACCCUCCCCGCAGCAGAUCAGGGACCGGCUGCUGCAGGCCAUCGACCCCAACAGCAACAUACGUAACAUGGUGGCGGUACUGGAGGUGAUCUCCAGCUUGGAGAAAUACCCCAUCACCAAAGAGGCACUCGAGGAAACGAGGCUGGGGAAGCUCAUCAAUGAUGUGAGGAAGAAAACCAAGAAUGAGGAGCUUGCCAAGCGAGCCAAGAAGCUGCUGCGGAACUGGCAGAAGCUGAUUGAGCCGGUCACGCAGAACGAGGCAGCCUUGAGGGGGUUGCCAAAUCUGCCUGGGUCAGCCAACGGCGGGGCUCACAAUUGCCGGGUGGACCCUCCACCUGGGGCUGUAAUUGGAUUGAAACCCGUCCAAGAUGUGAAGAACAGGAAUGACGUCCAGAAGUUGCACUCUCCAAAGCCAGAGAAGCCGGGGAAUCGGAAAAGGAAAGGGGGGUUCCGGGACGGUCUCCAGGGGCCUCCUGCGCCACUCCCAAAAGCUUCCAAAGCCAGCUAUGAAGUAUUACAAAACUCUUCCCCGCCCCCCACGAAUGGGGUUGGGGGCAGCCCAGACAGUUUCCCCAGUCCUCCAGAUGGGAGCCUUCCCCCAGGGCCAGAUGCUGUCAGGGCUGAGCUUGGUGAAAAUGACAAGCCCAGCAAGAUCCCCAUCAAUGCAGUCCGGCCUCACACCAGCUCUCCGGGGCUCUUCAAGACUUCGGGCGCAUCCUCACUGGUCUAUUCCGCUGUGUUCCAGCAGCAGCAACAGGUGAAAGUGGAGGAGGCGGAGGAGGCAGUGGCAGCAGCUUCUUCUGCUGCCGCCACCCAGCCCAGGAGCCCCCGUUGCUCCACAUUCAGCCCCAGGAAUGUCCAGAUGGAAACGUUUGUGCGGCAGCACACCACGUACUCCCCCAAGGGUUCGACGUCUGCCUCCUCUCCAAGGCCGCCUCUCCCAGAUGCACCGGUGGGGGCGCCCUUGUCGCCUUCUCCCCCUGCUCUGGUGCAGCCGGCGAUGCUGCCGGUGCUAGCAAAGAGACUGGAGGGUUCUCAGCAGGCAGGAUUGGAGGCAUCUCUGCACGGCAGUCAGGAGCAACAGGCAGCCCCUGAGAGCCAGCUUCGGCUCACCGUGGGGGCCUCUCCCAGCAGUGGGGUGGGCUCUCUCCCAGCAGAGCCUCUGGCAGGCUUCUCGCCAGAUGCAUCAAAGGUGGACAGCGAUAGUACUGCGUCGGGGUCUGACGGCAAGAAGAAGAAAACGUACCGGCCCAAGGACUACGUGGUCAACUUGGACGGGCAGGCGCUUGAAGGGGGGGUCAAGCCUGUGCGGUUAAAAAAGGAGCGGCGGCUGACCUUUGACCCCAUGACAGGCGAGAUCAAGCCUCUAGCCCAGCGGGACUCUUUGCAGGUGGAUCCCCUCCCUGCUCUUGCUGAGCAGCACAGGACAGGCAUCGGGGAGCAGGAGGCCAAGCCCCCCCUGCAGAGUCCUUUUGAACAAACAAAUUGGAAAGAAUUGUCCCGGAACGAAAUCAUCCAGUCCUAUUUAAACAGGCAGAGUAGCUUGCUCUCCUCUUCUGGGGUGCAGACUCCGGGGGCUCACUACUUCAUGUCUGAAUAUUUGAAACAGGAGGAAAGCACUAGAAGAGAUGCCCGGAAGACCCACGUCCUGGCUCCCCACAGCAAGCCCACGGACUUGCCCGGGGUGACGCGGGAGGUGACGCGGGAGGACCUUGCCAGAAUAUGUAGCCACCGUUGGCCGGGCGUGAAUGGUUGCUAUGACACACAGGGUAACUGGUAUGAUUGGACGCAGUGCAUAUCCCUUGACCCGCAUGGGGAUGAUGGGCGCCUGAAUAUCCUGCCUUACGUCUGCUUAGACUGAAUGCAGUUUUGCUGAGAUGCUUUCUACACAGGCAGUUUAGUACAAACGGGCAGGUGCUGUGACAGCCACCCUCCCCUCCCCCUUGUGCUGGAAAAAGGCUCACCAAACAGAGAGGGCGUGUCGGAAAGCUGGACACUGGCAGUUCCUUCUUCCUUGUUUUUUUUAAAAAACUCCUCUUUUUUGUGAAGUGCUGCUACCAGUUUACUAACAAAAUUGCAAAGGGGGAGGAGGAGGAGGCAUAACAAAGGUUUGAUUUAAAAAAACAAAAUACAAAAAAAAGAGUUCCAAACUCUCUAGCAAGCCAGCUCUAAAAAAAAGUGUUUGUUUUUAUAAAAGGUGAAAAAUGUUUCCAGUGAUUUGCAGAUGCCGGAAUCUGAGGGCAGGCAGGUACAGGCUGGAAAUUGUGGAAUGUUUAACACAGAGUAGUUGAGUCUAUUUAUUUUGUCUUCAUUUGAUUUUCUUUUUUUCAGAAAGAAAGAAUAUGGCAGUGAGAUGAUCUGAGAUGAACUGUGCAAAACUAUAGUUAGUUCUUCUCCUUUGCGUUGCAUCUCUUUUGAAAAAAAAAAGUCCCCGAUACGGGGGUAUGGCUUGCAGUGAUGCACGCCCUGCAAGGCUGCCAGAGUGAAUAGGAGAAGGUGCCCACCUUCGGGUUGGCAUUCCCAGACUUUUUUUAAAUGAGGUUUAAUCUUGUUUCAGUUUCAGCUCAGUCUAAGAAAUGCUGCAAAAAGCAUUAAACAAUUCUCCCAAACCAACCACCAGCCCGAGUGUGCCCCCCCCCACUUCUGCAGAUUUUCGAGAGGGAGAAGGCAGAGAAAAAGAGUUGUUUUUUUCUUAAAACAAAAAACACAAAAGUCCAAACCAUAAAUGCGGGUGCUACUACUUUGUAAAUGUCCUGUGAAAGGGAGAAGAUGGAAGCCUGUUUUGUAAUGCUGGAAAUAUACUUGUUACCAUUCCUUUUAGAUAUUGUUUGCCUUAUGAGGAACCAUCACAAAAAGCGACUUGCAAAAACAAAAAGAGCCUUAGUGAAUGUACAGUAACUAUAGACUUCUGUGUUCCUGGGAUGCAGAAGGGAGCAACUUUGCUAUUGGUCCCAUCAGUGGACACGUUGUGAUAUAAAUGUGGAAAUAAAA